AUGCCGAGGAUACGAAACGACCCAAAUCUCAACAUUUGCCCGGACUACGCAUCGGAGGUUUUUGCGAACAUCCGCGCUCAGCUAGUCAAUGAGAACACGACCGAAGCACAAGCAAUGCAAUUGCUUCGGAACAUCUGGGAAGUGAACAACGACGCAAUCAAAGUGCUUUGGCAACAGCAAGUAGAUGAGGAUAGGGAACGUCAGCAACAGCAUCAAAGGAUAGACGAAGACGAGCGGGAGCGGCUUGAACAAGUGAGGAUUGAGGAAGAGGAAGCGGCGCGCAAAGAAGAGAGGAAAAAGAACAAAUACAAAUUCAUUCCCAUUCUCGAGACUGGAAUACCAGACGAACCGGCCAUCACACCAUGUUCUUACGCUCUAAAGAAACUGGACAAAGGCGAGUACGUGGAAUUAUGGUAUUUCACUAACGACGGCUUGGACGAAGCUAGUAUAAAGAAGACGAUUGACGACGACGCCAUGAUUCUUUCGACUCUGGCUGAUGGCUCCACAGCCUGGGUCUCUUCAGCGUCUACGCGAAGCGCACGUUCGGUGAUUAACGACGAAAAUUUACCUUUUGAAGAGUUCUGUCAAGCCUGUCCGCGCUUUCUGACGGCAAUAGAGGAGGCAGAUUGGCCGCAAGACAGAGUCCGGAUGAUGGCUCGGUUCUGGAUGAACAUUCAAGUUCACAAGUUUCGCUCACUCAGAGACCCCAUAGCUCAGAAGUCGCUCCUGGUCUACCAGGCAGAGCAACGGAAACGGUGGCAUAUCACAGCAAAGUCCUCUGUCGGACCAUAUGAUCUUUCAGACGUCAAUGAGAAGGUUCUCAAAGACACGAGGGACAGAGUAUAUUGGGAUGAGCGCAACAAGAGAGACAACGAACGUGAUUACAAGGUCAGGAUUCGCUUGGAAUGACAAGUAACGAUCAAGCUAACCAUCUCGUUUUUCCUGUUUUAUUUCAUUUAAAAUCAAAACAAAUAUGUCAAACCUGCUACACGCUACACGCCGCACGUUGCACGUCAUACAUAACUUGCUACACGAUGCGCAUCGCACAUCGCACAUUAUAU